AUGCACCACCAUACGGGAGCGGAGGCACCGCGAAGAGGAUCUUCGCUUCCUGUUUCUUGGAGUGGAGCACGCAGAGACACAGACGAGUCUCUUUCCAACGCCUCCCUAUCUCCGGACCGUGCUUCACCCGCUCCUUCAGCUUCUUCACAGGCACCAGCGCAGCCGCUCGCGCUACACACAAGCCGUCGUCGAGGCUCCGCCGUGCCUCUUUUGAGUGUUCCCGCGCGGCUUCAGAACUCUUCUUCGUGGGAGUUUUUUUCCUCUUCAAAGCCGCACAAACCGAGGAAAGCGACGCCGGCACCAGCGCCGCGACGCAGAGGAGCAGGUUGUUCUUCGCAGUCCACUUCGCCUGCGAGUCUCCCUCACGCCCCUCACGCAGCGUGUAGACCUGCCGACGCCGUCUGUCUCUUUGCGCCUGCGUCUCCACAAUCUUCUCACCGCGCAUCCAACUCCAAACGAGAGGAGCUUCCUCUGUUUCGCGCUCAGGCGUGUCUCGCUUCGGUGCUGCAUUCUUCCUCUGGCGACUUUUCUUCGCCGACUCGCGUGCUUGCAUCUUUCUCUCUCCCGCGCUGCGCGAGCUGCCCUGCGCUGAGGCUCGAGUCGAGUGACGCGCGGUCUUCCUUUUUUUCUCCCUCGCUUCUUCGGUCGCCCUCAGCGCGGGACAUGCGUUGCCCGCGGAGCUUGGCUGGAUCUGCCUCCUCGUUGUCAGCGCUUCUGCCGCGACAGCGCGGAAGUCGAGACCGCGGUGCGGAGGAUGAGGAGGCGCGGAGCUUUGAUGUGGCUGCGCCUCCGCCUUCUUGUGCGGAGUUGCAAGCGGAAGGAACGUUUCCGCCGCCUUCGCGUCCACGUUACUUCCCCGGCGGGUCCGCUUCGUCGGCAAACCCCCGUGUUGACAGAUUUGCUGCGCUUCCUCGCUACGGAUUUCCCAGAUUCCGCAGUCUCCCGAAUCUUUUCUCUGGUGCCUCGUUGUCCUUCGAACUCCUCCCAGCGCCCGGGGCGCGCGCUGCGCAGUCCGCGCCGCGCCGGCCUUCCGCUGUUGUCGGGAGACGUGAGGGCGAUAUCCUUGAAGAGCCUGGCACGGACGGCGAGCGUGCUAGACGCAGAGACAGUCUCGCCGGACGUCUGCGCGAGAAGGCGCACCAGCGAGGGCGCAGAGACAGCGAGGGAGAGGGAGAGGGAGGAGACAGCGCAGUGGAAGGAGAUGAGAAAGGACAGGAAUACGAGGAGAAAAGCCGUGCGGCGGGCUCUACCAAGGGUCACUUGGCGCCACGAAACGGGAAAGCCGGCAGCUGGAGUCGCCUGACCUUCCCUUCUGUGUUUUCUGGGCAGCGUCGCCUCACGCGCCUCAGGUCGCUCCGUGCCUCAAACCGAAAGGAUUCGAAAGCCGCGCGAAAUCUCUUCGCAGCCUUCCGCCGUCUCGCCUACGCGUUUUCCGCUCCCGAGCACCUCCUCCCCGCGGGCCGACGAACGAUGAAGGAAGCAGACGAGCUUCUCACGAAGCAGGACGGGGGUGACAAAGCCGCGCAUGACAGCCGCAGAGAGGCGACGAAAGAGCAGGAGCUGGACAGCCAGCGAGGAGACGAAGGCGAAGAAGACGUGCGCGAAACACGAAAUGUAGAGAUAACGCCAAAACGGAACAGCCCAAGAGGGACACAGCGCAGAGGAGCUGAAGCGAAAGAAGAAGGCCCGCACGACGUCCAAGGGGGCGAGGCCGCUGCCAGAGAAGAACGUCGAGAAGAGUCUGCAGGCCCGGAUGUAAACACGCGCAAGCUUCAGAGGCUCGAGAGGAGUCUGUCGAGCUCCGUUCUCCCGCAGGGGAGCACUGCGAUGACAGGAGAUCCUGGAGAGCGAGAAGCGACCACGGACACUUUUUUUUUCAAAUGUGACAAAGGGGAAAUGGGGAGAGGCAGCCUUACACAGCCACCUCCACAAGAAACGCCCCCGCUGUCGUCCUCACUGAGGCACGCGGAGCCUCUGGCAGACGCGAGGCCGGCGUCGCUGGCGGCAGGCCAAAAGAAAGAAGAAGAGAGCGACGGCGGAGAUCCUUUUUGCGAUGAUGACCUCCAGAGGCCCUCCAGACGGGAGCACGCCGCAGAAAGGCAAGAGCUGAACGGCAAGGAUCCGAGCAGCUCCUCCGGCGAGGUUUCGUCGUUGUCUUCGAGUUCAGAGUCUCUCCGCUCCGCGGCUCCUUCAUCGUCCUCAUCGCUGUUUUCCUGCUCGUCUUCUGGGUCGCUUUCUUGGCUCACAUCCAAAGAAAAACGAAAUCCACCUCACACGCCUGCUUCCUCAUCACAAGCGCUCGCUUCCUGCAGUCUGUCCCCAGUGCCUGCUUCUCCCUCUAGCGCGCGGCCCUCUUCGCACUCAUCUCUGUCACCCGUAUCUGCGGGGCCUUGGCUGCUUUCCCCUGCAGUUUUCUUCGCAGAGCUCGACACGUGCAGGGCGCGCGGAGUUGACAGCCAGGUGCCAGUCUGUCGCGAGGAGGCGCAGGCGCAGCGGGACGUCUUGCCUUGCCUGAUGGACAGAGGAAAUGAGGGAAAAACGCGAGUGGAAGAAGCCGAUUCGGCCCCGAGGCAACGGGCACAUCUUUUCCAGGUCACUAGGCAGGAGGCUCGUGGAGGCGAAACGAGAGACAGGGGCACACAGGUAGAUCAAACUACACAGGCGAGCCGCGUGAACGCAGAGGCCGCUUCCGACCUGCAACAUCACGGAGAGAGAGAGCCGCUUGCAUGUCGGAGAGAGGCGGAGAAGACAUUGGCGGGAGGCGAGGAAUCGAGAGAGAAGCUUCUCGCGGCAGAAAGUCGCACCGCGCGCGUUUCCUUCUCAUCCGCUGCUCCUCGCGCAAGGCGCGACCGUGUCUCUCUUUCUCGAGACCGAGAUCCAGGCCCGUCUACCCCCACACAAGGGGACGCGAUAUCGGCUGUCGGCCGGCGCAGCCUGCCCCUUUUGGGCGAGGCCCUCGGCCUGAGGCAGAGGCUUCAGACAGAAGACGUACGGAGAUAUUUUCCAUCUGCUCCCCAGCCUCGGCGACUCUCUGCAGGAGCCGCAGUAGGCAGAGAACCGCAAGGCGAGGCGGUGCGCCCUCGCGCACUCGUGCCCGACUCCCGUGUAGAGGAAUGCAACGCAGAGGCAGUCUCAGGAGGCCUUCGCAGAAACCUAGGGCGUGUGGAGGGAACAGGAAGAGGACGCCUGCCGGGGAUGCGUGGCGGCUCAUGCGCGGCGCUGGAGGCGAAGACGGUUCGCCCUGCAGCGCGCGGCGAAAACAGACACUGUCUGGGAACCGACGCAGAGCGGUCAGGAGCGCAGACGGAAGUGACGACUCCGCCGCACGGAGGAGGAAGCUUGUCUGAGCUGUUGUGCGGAGAGGCCCGCAGGAGACACAGACACAGCCUCGCCCUCGAACGCGCUCGCGUCGCGCAGCAGCGCGCCAAGAACGCGAGGAGAAGAAGAACGAUUGCGGCCUUGCUCGAGAGAGUUGAGGCUGGCGGAGACGGCUGGUCCAGUAGCCUCUUUCGAAGCACCGAGAAGACAGCGGGGACAGAAACAGGCGGCCAGGCUGCAGUGGUGAGCGAACGAGAAAGGCAGCUGCCGACGACAGAGAAAAAUCCCGCCCGCGCGCUUGAGGCAGAAGAACUGGAGAAACCACGGAGAGAGGCAGAGCGCGAGCCGGGCCGAGAGGAAGGACAGGAAGCUUCAUCGGAGUCAGACGCGAGCUCGUCCGGCACGAGUGAAGAGGAAAAGACAGACUCUUCAAGCGACUCGGAUGGCAGCACGCCGGCAGCUGGACAGCAGCGGCCGGCGGCAGGGACAAACAGACCAGCGGGCAGACGCAUAGCAGACGCCACAGCGCCCUCGAGCUCAGAAACAGCAGGCGGCACAGACAGCGAUUCGUCGCCGACAUCUGGGACCGGCAGCAACUCACCGAGUGGACGCGCUUCUGCCUCGGAUACAGAGAGCAGCCCAGAGAGCGACGUUCCUUCCGCCUCAAGCUCGUCGCCUCGCGCGCGAGACGCGAGCGAGACAACUUCGUCCUCUGUCGCGGCCGAAAGCGAAUACAGCAGUGAGAGUAGCAGUGAGACAGAUGGAGAAGAGACUUCGCAGCGAGUCGCAAGAGGAGAACUGCGCAGAGCCGAGUCCAGGGCGCGUCGGCCCGCCACACGAGACGAAAGCUCUUCUGGCAGUGGUAACAGAGAGAGAGACAGGACGAUCGUACAAGACCAGAGCAGCCUUGGUCGUGAAGCACCUGCUGUCGGUGGAAGUGGCUACACGUCCUCGAAGAGUGAGGGCGAAGAAGAACGGGUGAGGGGAGGAGACUCGAGGGCGGUGCCGCCCGCAAGUCCCACAAGGCGUUCCGCCUCCAUCGGGCAAUCGAACUCCGGGGCAACGAGGCAGCGCAGAACUCAGUCUGACACGCAGAAGGCGCGGAAAAGUAUUUUGAAAAAUGACGGCAGCGCAAAGAGACGGAAUGCCGGACGCGCUCCUGCCGAAGCGCGACGUAUAGAUAAUGCUCGAGGUGCUAAAACCGAAGGGCGGGCGGCGCCGUGCGCUAGACCGGAAGAGGGCUUGGAAAGGAAAACGAGCGCCCACGGAAACACAGCCAGCAGGCGCAACUCGAAAAGCGUUCAUUUCGCUCCUUCUCCUAGCUGCGCUGCGGGGGCCACUGCCGCCACGGAGGAGGAAAGCCGGCGCCGAAAGGAGACACCCUGA